AUGUCGCGCGGCGGCGCGCGCUUCUUCGCCUACGGCGCGCCCUUCGUCGCGCUCGUCGCCGUCGGCGCGAGCGGGCUCGCGCGCGUCGUCGGCGGGCGGUUGGAGGUGCGCGACGCGCUCGGGGAGGUGGACGCGCGCGCGCCGGCGCGGACGCAGCGCGUGCGACGCGCGAUGGCGCGAUUCGACGCGGAGGCGGAGCGGCGACGGUUGAUCGACGCGCGCGAGGACAGGGAGGCGUACGAGAUGCGCGCGGUGUGGCGGCCGGAGGGCGGGCAGGGGCACUGA